GGAAGAUGGCAAUGUAGCAGCACGAGCUGCAUUUCGCCGCGGCCAGUUCGAUAAAAAUCAGUCGUUCGUAGGGGCUGUUUUGGCGUAGUGUCAGUGCUGUGAUUUCUGUUACAAGUUCAUAUAUAAUUUGGUGAUAAAUUAUAAGUGAUUAGUUUCGGACGUGGAAUGAUAAAUGGUUGCUACCAGCAGUAUGGUGUAUGAGGAGAUAGUCGGUAUACGGGGCAGCUGACCCCAGCCGCCGCGCACGCUUUUCACGCGCGAAAUGCCCCAUAAUUUAAAUUCUGCUUCCGUCAACUCCGCCAAUACGGGAUCGAAUCACCAGGCCUACAUCCAACAACUUUAUCACCGACAAAAUGGAGAUGGACUUCUUCAACCUGAAAAAGAGCCGGUGGAGUUCGACACGUCGCAUUUGCGCGGUGCACCGGCCGAGGUCGAGGCACUGGUGCACAAUAUCAAAGAAGUUGCACAACAGUUUCUUUACCAUUGGAGAACAUUCCCAAUUAUCCUUCCACCACCAUUGUCUACGUGCACAGAAGGUGAAGAUACAUUGGCGAGAAAGAAACACCAUUUGAAAGACCUCUUCGUUGCACCUAGUUUUGACGAAUUGGAUUCAGUAGCUGUAGAUUGCAAGGGUGAGCCUAGGAGGUUGACCAAGAAACAACUAGAAAGCAUUAGCAAACGAGGCUUUCAGAAGGAGAAGUACGGAAAACCGAAGAAGCUGAAUGCCACUCAAUUGGAGAGCAUUCGAAGAUGCGGAGAAUUCGAAGUAGAUUCGAUCAAUUUCGCUGGACAAACACAUCGAUGGAGAUUGAGCGGACUUCUUCAGCGUGGACGGGACAGAAGACGAGACGCAUUACUUCGAGAUCUCGCUUUGGCAACUAGAUUUCUUGUAGUUACAGCAAAAGCUAGAUUAAUCUCCCAUUGUUUCAGUGUAUCGCAAUCUCUGAAAGCAUUAAUAACGGGAUUAUUACGACUUCUUGAUAUAAUAAUUGGUGUGCCAUCUCUUCAAGCACAUAAUUUAGAUGCCAAAAUUAGGGAGGAGCGAUGUCGAUACUUAGUUGCCGAAUUAGUAUGCAGGCCUGAAUAUGAAGAUUCUUUAGAACUUUUAUGUGGUUUUGUACGAAAACAACUUCGACGUGCAACAAUGGAAAAAUUCGAAGUAGAAAGAGAACUAUCACAACUAUUGCCUAUCCCGGUACCUUUCGUAUUUGGAACUCCUGCCGGAGCAGUGGUUGAUCUUAGAUUAUUUAGCAGAGACAUUAUCAAAAAAGCUUUACCGAUUUUAGUUGCUAUUUUGGAGAGAGAGACACGAGGCUGGUUUCUUCAUUUCAGAGAAAGACUGAUAUCUGAAUUGAGAGCGCGAAAAAAACCAGAUGAAGAGAUUGAAAGAGAGGUCAAUGAAGCUGUUAUGCGAGAAUAUUUACAACGAGUAUUCUCUAACAUUUUGUCGCACCCAGACAUACUCGAUCUUGGUAAUGGAAUCGCUCAAUUAUUGGUUCAACAAGCACAAUCGGUCGUAUUAAUGCACCGAGCCGUAAAAACCGUGCAACGUAAAUUGGUACAAACUAAAGAAACAUUAAAAUAUCAUAUAGAAAAUGAACAUCCAGUUCUGUCGCGAAUAGAACCGUGGAUGCGCGAUAGAAUGAGGGAAGUCGAAGAAAAAUUCAUCGAAGAGUGCGAAUGGAGUGCUCACGAAGAAGCUCUCACAUUGUGCACUCACCAAAAUUUGCAGCAGACAGUUUAUUUUCUUAACCGUGAUUUAACUUUUAUGAAAGAGCGAGAACCAGUUUUAUUAAAAGAAUUGCGCAAAGUUAAAACACCCACAAGAAGUUUUCAAUGGCCAACUCAGAUAUGGUUUCCAAAAAAUUGGAUCAUCAGACGUAAUUUUCAGGGCCAGUCUGAAAUUAUACCAACAGUGCUAAGCAAUACUCCAACAUCUAUUACUACACCUCGUGCAGAUCCAAGUCAGCCUGUCUUCUUAGUGGAAAGAGAGAUUGUACACACAACAACAACAAGAUGGCCUAUGUGGCGUUGGAUUAAUUACGUAGCUAGAACGUGGUGUUGGACAUGGAAUGCAAUGUUUCUACUAGGCGUAGCAGUACCAUGGUGUAGUCCAGUUUCCAUACGAGCUUUACUACUCGUACAACCCUUUACUCCCGAUCUAGAAUUGAGUCAAUUGAAUGGAACAUUGUUUCCCAGAAAAUCAUCUCAAAUGCCUACUCUUUGCUCUCGAUUGAUAGCACUUUGGAGACAUAUUAGCAAAAGUCGGACACAUUUUGAAACGGAACCGGAUACUGGAUUUAUUGGAAAAGGAAUGACAAGGCAUUUAAACAGAUUAUGGAAUUAUGGCAUGAAAGGUCUUUUAGGAACACUUAUUAUAUUAUUUGUUUUUCCUGUCGUUUGUAUAGUUACAAGUUUAGGAUCACUUUUUAUUGCACUUACUGCAAUUUUAUGGAUGCCUUUAAUCACUUUAGCGUUACAUGCAUUCAUGGCGCUUAUAAUGGAUUUAGAUAGUCCAGAGCCAAGUAGAAAUCGAUAUUUUGUGAUUAUGGAAGCAUUAGUUUGGAAUAUCGGAAUACAAGGCUGUUUGCAACCAAUUGCUGCAUUAAUUGUUGCUCUUAUUUUAUGUCCUAUCAUUUCUUUUGUGAUACUUACAGUUGCUGUGAUACGUUAUUGGAUUAGAGUGGUUUGGGACACGAUUAUGUUUCAUUUAGUAAUAAAAAAUAGGGGUCGUAUACCUGCCAGUGAUAGUUUUGUCGUUAAAAGAAUAGCUGGACCAGGAUUAACUUCUGAUUAUUAUUAUCAAAUUAGGCCUGAACAAGCAUUAGCUGCAUUCGAAGCAAAACUAGAGUUAGAUGAAUUGUUAGCCUUUCAACAAGAGAUAGAACGAUUAAUUACACAACCACAAAGAGAUUUUACUCAAUUUGUAGAAGCCUGUUUUGGCCCAUUUGCUGCUAGUCUUGCUAAAACAAAAGAUCCAUACAAAUCAUUGGAAAAAGAAGCCAAAGAUCUAAUUGCUGUAUUACAUGAAAAAUUAGAUAGACGUAGAAAAAAUUUGCAAACUGGUCUUGGAAUGGUUGUAAGAAGUAAAAUAAAACUUACCACUUUUGAUCUAAAGGUAGUAAUACAACAAGGAGCAUUAAUGUUAGAACGUCUUUAUCCCAGUCAUGUGUUUGCGAGAUUGUCUGGGAAUGAAGAAGAUUUUUGGGAAAAUAAAGGCUUAAGUGUUGGUGAUUGGGCUGGUUUAGCUGGGCUUAUGUACGCAGACAUUUUCAGUUUAAAUUUUCUUCAACCUCUCGAUGAUGCAGAUACAAAAUUUAGAUUAGAAGCUCAUCCAGGUGUCGAUUUGUCGCGUUAUACAGAUAUAGUUCAUAGCACUGAAAUUGGUGGUACCAAUGGGCCAGAUUUACUUGGCGCCGUUUAUGCACCACGUGGAAAUAUACAAGUUUACAGUCCUUAUUUAGAAGUUUCUGCUUUCAAUCCACGAGCUAAACAGACUAGUAACAGCAGAAAAUCUGAUAAACGAUGUGAUACCGGAGGACUUUUAACAUCAACAAAAAUCAGAAGACGCACAACAUCUACAAAUGGUACAACAGAGACACGUUGGCAACCGUGGAAACGGCAAAUUCGUCCUUAUAGUGCAGAAAAAUUGCUCAUUCCACUUCCGAUUCCGCAUCCAGCUCAUAUAGCUGUUACUAUUCAUAAUCGUGAUUCUGAAAAUCCGAUUCCGCUCGAUUCGGAACUUUGUCAGAACAUAUUGAAAGCAAUUGAAGAAUCGCCCGGUGAAAUGUCCACUGAAUAUGUUAGUCGUUAUAGGGGGGCUGCAGAUUCUAGUUUUGAUUCAGUAGCUUCGCAUUCUUCAGUUUCUAUUGAAACUGGCUUAGAUAAAGAUAACGAAACACAGGAAACGACAAAUACUGAAAAAGAGGGUGAAACUUAUCAUUGGACAUUAUCAAAUUGGGGUGGUGGUAUGACGAGAAGAAGAAAUAAUUCUGGAUCUAUAAAAGUUGAUCUAGCAUCUCCAGAAGACGUUACUCUGGAUACAGAUACCACCAGAGUGAUGUUCAGUACAUACGGAACAACUGUUUAAACUGAAUUUACUGUUAUAUCAGGUAAAUAUAUUAUAUACAAUAGGUGCAAGUAGAAACAAAUUAUGCAGAAGUUUAGAUUUAGAUCUUUUAUUUAU